AUGGAUCCUAUGGCCUUUGGGACCAACUGGAAAUCCAUCGUGGAAGAUGCCGGCUGGGGGGCUGCAGCUUUGUUGACGGUGCUGGCUCUGGUUGCGCUUCUGGUCUUCGCCGUCAAAGGUCGACAUCGGAGUUCCCAGGCGCGAGCGGCUCGAGCGCUGCUGGGUGCGCGGAAUGAUCAGACGCCCGUGGGCAGCUGUGCCAGCACGGCCAGUGAUCUUUCAAGUGUCACGCAGAUCCAACCAGCUUUGGCGUUUAGUCCCAAGGUUCCAUGUGUGAUUCGAGUCAUCUACCCGAUAUUUGCCGUGGCAUGCUUCUGGCUUUUUGUUUGGGCAGAUUUAUCUGUGGCAGCUCGAGUGAAUGCUGACUUGGAGGUUGCUGGUUCACCACCAGGUACAUGGGAGUGGUCAGGAACAAUGUCAUCGCUCACACUUCUUCCAGCCGCAAAGGAUGCCUGGGACAGUGAUGCCAAAGCCACAGCCAUUUUGCUGGGACUUUUAAAUGGACUUUGGCCUUUCUGCCAGACCCUUGUUUUACUGAUUGUUUGGUUCCUACCCAGUGAUUGGCUUUCGCAACCUGCUAGAGGUACAUUACUGCGAUUGUUUGCAGCUUUCGGAAAAUGCGGCCUGUCUUUUCCAUGCCUAAUUACCCUGUGGGCUGCACUCUGUCAGCUUCAUUGGCAAGGCCACCAGGUGUCUGCAACCUUCAACAUGUCCCUGGAGCGUGGGCUCUUCGCAUUUUUGCUUGCAGCAGUCUUGACAAAUGCGUUAGGGCACUCAGCUGACCACUUUCAUUUUCUCUCCGCAACGACACCGACAGCAGUGCCGUGGGCCAGAAGCUAUGCUGGGUGUAGAAUACCGUUGUCUUCUUUUUCAAAAAGCAGACAUUGGCCCACCGUUCUGUGUCCGCUGGUUGCGGUGGCCACAGCUGCCUCUUCGGUUGUAACAGCGUUUUCCGUGUCCGUCACAGGGGGAUCAUCGUCUACAGAUUCGAUCUUAUCUACGCUCAGGAAGGAGGCACAGCCAGAGUACAUUCGAAGCUACAGCCUCCUGUCGUUUGGCUUGCGGCUAGCUGAUGCCAACCAAGAAGCUGGAGUCUAUGAGAGGCUUUUCCAAGUGGUCUUUUUGGCAACAUCGCUGGUGGUUCCCAUACUUCUGGCAGGUGUUCUUUUGAUUGUGUGGGUGGUGCCUCUGAAGCCACACGCCCAAAACGGGCUUCUCAGGCUUGGGCAUGCGCUUGAUGCGUGGGUUGCCUUGGAUGUAUUUGCAGUGGUUGUGGCCAUUUGUUCUCUGGACUUUGGCAGAAUCACAUGGUACGCAGCACAUCAAGGGGACAUGGAAGAAGCAUGCCAUUGGAUCAGGAGGGAGCUUUCGAGCAAUGCCUGCGUCAGAGCGGACGUGAAUCUCGAAAAAGGCUUCGUAAUGCUGGCAGCUGCAGCUGUUGCGCUGCUUUUAGUGCCCAAGGUGGCACUUAGGGCUUGUCGAAGGGCAGUCAUGAAGAGAGACCAGUUGAACAGCCGAGCCUGGGCAUCUUCUGUUCUGACCUCGCAGGGCCGCUGA